AUGUCGAAAUUUACCACCCCAAGUCGCAGACUACUCUCGACAUUCUCCCAAUCUCUAAAAUAUGACAAGUCGCUCGCGACUCCUUGUCAAUGCCGCCGAUUAACAACCACUGGCACCUCAAUCCGGCCUCGAGCUCAGCAAUCUCACCUAAAUCCAGCUUCCGCCCACAACAAAAGACCAUUCAGCGUCUCAUUCCCCCGGUCAUAUAAAACCGUCGAGGAGCAAAAGUCACGAUAUAAAUCCGGCCCCUUUUCAUGGCAAGCCGGUAUCCUUUUCCUCUCGGCGGGCGUCGGCCUCGUCUUCUACUUCCGCUUUGAAAAAGCACGCAUGGAGCGGAAGCGCGUAGCAGAAGCUAGCAAAGGCGUUGGGCGACCGAAAGUCGGAGGACCAUUUGAGUUGGUCGACCAGCAUGGAAAGCCAUUCACAGAUGCAGAUAUGAAGGGGAAAUACUCUCUUGUGUACUUUGGCUUCAGCCACUGCCCAGAUAUCUGUCCCGAAGAACUCGACAAGAUGGGCCAAAUGAUCGACAUCGUCAACGCAUCCUCCCUUCGCAAACCCUCCACCCCCCCUCUCCUCCCUAUCUUCAUAACCUGCGACCCCGCCCGCGACACCCCCGCAGUCCUUGACGCCUACCUCUCGGAAUUCCACGACGGCCUCAUCGGCCUUACCGGCACAUGGGAGCAAACCAAGGACGUCUGCAAGAAAUACCGAGUGUACUUUAGCACCCCGCCGGGAGUGAAGCCAGGGGAAGAUUACUUGGUGGAUCAUAGUAUAUAUUUUUAUUUGAUGGAUCCCGAGGGCGAUUUUGUGGAGGCGAUUGGCAGACAGCAUAGCCCCCAGCAAGCUGCCAGUAUUAUUUUGGACCAUAUGGGAGAUUGGAAGAAGAGAUAA